CUAUUUCUCGGUACAGCCGGUUUACCUCACAGGCCCACUGUUAAGAGUGAUUCAGACUCGGUGGAGAUCUAUAUUCCUAAGGACGAAGUGUACUAUAAUUACCUUACAUACCAGACACAGUCUACUUCUAAAGGUAAGGGACUAAACGUGGCUACACCACUAGAUGAAAUUACACUUCUUAUACGCAGCAGCCACGUCUUUCCGCAACGCGAUAUUCUCAACCGCUCUAGCAAAUCUAUGCAGUUUAAUAAAUAUACUCUGAUUAUGGCUGUUAAGAAGACAGCUACUACACAGGGAAACCUCUAUGUUAAAGAUGGUAACUUGUUUGACUACUAA